ACGCCAGGCAUAGGCAGCUAUGUAAUCAAGUGCGCAUCCAACGGAGUCCGCAUCAUAAGCAGCUGUUUAAGUACAAACAACACCAUCCUCAACAUGCUAAAUGAUGCAGGCAUACAUCUUUUCUCAUACCAAAUGAGGAAAGAUAGGGGCCUGCGAGUCGUCAUCAGGCAUCUACACCACACCACGCCCACUGAAUGGAUCGCUGUAAAGCUCGCUGCCGUCGGCGACAAAGCCAGAUUUAUUAAAGCCAUUAGAAACAAGUUCACAAAUUAGCCAUAUAACUUGUUUGAAGUUGAAAUCGAGCCCAAAUCAGAUAACUCCCACCUCAAGAUCCUUCAGCUUCAAGAAAUGGGUCUCCGGCAGUGGCCCAGUGGUCGUCGCCCUGGAUGCUUCGUGGCCUCGCCGUGAGUUGCCGGCCGUCGAGGAGUCUGCUUGGCCAUCGUCUUGGGAGAGAGCAGUUAUUUGGGCAGCGGAUGGAGCAUCUGUCUGCUGGAGUACGCAGCCGUCGCCGAGUCUGAAAAAUAGAAUCUCGCAAUGAGGCGACAGCAGGUAUACUUACAAUGCUGGCAAUGGCGGGCCAUCCUAAGAUUAGGAGGUUUGCUGCCGCCGCUGCUGGACUUUGUGUAUUUCGCUGGCGUCUCUGCUUGCAUCUGGACUUUUUCUCGGCUGUGUGCGCUGGUUGCGAUGCCUGAACAGGCGGAUCUUCAUCGUCCAGGAGUUGCUCCAAGCGUCUGCUCACCAGCUCCAGGCCAUAGUCAAGGGUCUCGCUUGCAGUUGCCGGCACCAAAAGAGGACGUGUCACCACGUGAUGGGUGGCUGCCCUCUGAUGAUAUCCAGCGCAUCGCAUCUGGCGAGGGGGCCAUCUCUAAAUCAUUUACGGAGAGUAUUUAUGGUCGAUUCGCAGAAUCGUUCUGGCAGCUUGCUGCGCAGAUUUCGCUGCUCCUCAACUGUGAUGUCUGGCAGUACCAGUUUUUGUAUUUGCACUGGCUGGCCACGUAUGCUGUCCAUAAUAUUGUCUCUGGUGAGUAG